AUGGACAGGACUUCUCUGGAAGACCAGAUCGCGGCGUGUAUUAAUUCGGUGCGCGAGAACCCGGACGCCUUUGCCUGCCAGUACCCGUGCAACUACUCCUCCUGGCGAAACGAUGUCAUUUCGCCUCCCAGGGGAGGCCUGGCAGCGAGCGGAACCGAUGCGGUCAAGGAGCUGCAAUCGGCGGCAUACCAGCACUCGCUGGACAUGGCCAAGAACAAUUUCUUCUCCCACACCGGCUCGGAUGGCUCAGGCUUGGAAGACCGCGCAGCCAACGCCAACUUUUAUACAUUCCCUCUUGGAGAAAACAUUGCUGCGGGCUAUAUCAGUGUGCGCGCGACAGGCUGCGGCUUUGAUUCGGUGGGCACGGGGGCCGCAUUCAACAUGUCAACGAGCUACAAAGUCUACUUCACCCAGGACUUUGGCUGCUCGCGCGACGACUUCAACUGCCAGUGCCCGGAGGUGGUCAGCCCGGCGACCGGCCAGCCCGCGCCGGUGCCGCCCGAGCCCUCCUGUGGCCAGCCGCCCGCGCCCGCUGCAGCCGCCGGCCAGGCCCUCGGCGGCGCAAAAGUCGGCGUCCCCACAUCCUCCGCCAAGGCCCCCGCGCCCGCCCCCCAAACCCCCACUGGCAGCCCCCGCGCCCCCGCGCCGGCCCCCGGUGCCAGCAAAGUCACCGGCGCGGCGGCCGCCGCCGCCAAAACGCCGGCAUCCGCUCCUAGCACCGCUCCUGCGGCCGCGCCGCCGGUGGCGGCCAAAAGGAACGUGCUGCAGACCGGGACCACCCCUGCCCCGAGCCCCUCUGCCGGAGCUGCUCGCACCGGAGCGGCCGUGCCGGCGCCGGCCCCGGCGGCUGCCGCCGCAAACGCACCCACAAGCGCCGCGGCGUAUUCGUACGCCCCGCAACCGGCAGUUGCAUCGGCGGGAGUUGAGACUAGCCCGGCACAGAGCCCCGGGGCUGCCGCGGCAGAGGCGCCAGUCGCGGUGCUGGCUGCUGAGUACCCAGCGGCGGCUGUGACGCCGGCUCCGAAUGGAAGCACCGCUGCAGGGGUUGCGCCUGCUAGCAGCCCUGCAUCUGGCGCAAGCAGGCCCCUCGGCUUGUACGCCACCUCCAUGGAGCUUCCAGGGACCACUGGAGCGCUGGCGGCCACAAAUCAGCCUACAGCGGUGAUUGUUGCGUCCCUGGGCCUGUUUGCGGGCACUCUCACCACGUCUGAUGUGUCAGCAACUUCAGACGCUGGCGCCAGCAUUGCUGUGUCGGACGUGCAGCCCUUCCCAGACGAGCCAGCAACAUACAUGAUUGAGGUGCUGCAUCCAGCAGGCUUCACUGGCACAGUAACAGUCAGCCUUCCAGGGCUGCCUGCGCUCCAACCCCUGACAUACAGCGUCGUGUCGCGUGACCUUGUGGUUCAGAGCCUAGGCUUCAGCAUCUGCCCGCUCAGUUUUGGCGCCCACUGA